AUGACUUGGCGGACAGGCUGUUCAUUUCUUGUCCAAACAUCGCCUGCAUUCGUGCGGGAGGACUUCUGCUAUGACCACCGCCUGCGGAAAAGCCUCCUGAGCUCAUUGCCCUCCAGCGACGCGUCAGGCUUGGACGCCGGCUUGCAGCCACAGCCUUGCGAGUUGCUGGGGAUGUCCGGACACACUGCAGAGGCUUUAGGGCCCCUGGUCCUUCAGAUCGGUGGCAUGCGGAAGUCCCUAAGGGCGAAUGAUGUCGUCCACGUCACGGUGCUCAACCUGCGAGAGCGGCGCAUCUUCCAACCCACGCUGCAUCCCGAGUCCCUGAAGCCACUGCAACGCAUGCGUCACGCCAGCUGCGUGGUGCGGUGUAGCUUCCUGCCGGCCUCAGCCUAUGGCGGCUGUGUGCUGGUGCUGGGAGGCCAUGAUGCCAACACACAUGCAUCGAGGCUGGGACUACCGCGGCCAGCCAUGCGACGCUUGAUGUUCUUGCAAGUGACGCAAAGUGAUGGCUCCGAAAUUCGGUGGCUCGAGCGGCAGGCUUUCGGCACCAUCCCGGAAUACAUGUACAACCUGCAGUGUGUCUCCUUCUCUGGCGGCGAGAAGGUUUGUGUCUUCGGAGGCGACGUGCCGACCUUUGAGGAUGAAUACGAGAGGAUUCAAGACCGAACUUGUUGCUUCUUCGUGUACGUCUUGGAGUUGGCGAGUUGCACCUGGUCCGCCGUGAAGACCACGGGAUCAGCACCUGACUGGCGCUCCUUUCAUGCGGCGGUGGGCCAUACGUCGUUCUUGGAUGGCAAGGACUACUUGAUCACCUUUGGAGGCACUGCGGAACACUGCGAGCCUUUGGCAGGUGGACACUUGGCAGACAUGCGUGGCUACCAGCUGGAUCUCCAUGACUUCAAGUGGCUGGGCGGCCCGACCGAGAACCUCCCUGCCCCGCGGCUGCGCUUUGGCGCCGCGCGGUAUGGCCGGCACUUGCUGAUCCAUGGAGGUCAUGGUGGCGUCUUGACUUCCGGGAACGGCUACGUCGCACGAAUGAACCUCCAUACGCUGCGCUGGUGCCAACCCACGCGCUGGGGCCGCCUCAACUUCUCCAACGCGGCACCCCCCCUGGCGGCUGGCGCCUUUGAGACCGGCACUCCGGAGGCGGGUCUGGUGCUGGGCGGCGCCCAACAGACCUUGGGCGGUCCACGAAUCCUGCAGCGCCUCGUGGUGCUGCGCCUCCGAGACGUGUCCGUCGAACGAGAUGGAGAGCUGCCGGAGGGCGAGAGCCAUGUGGCCACCGGGGACGGAGGUGAUGACGAGGACGACCUCACACACGUCCAACUGCAGAUCCGCAAUGCGCAAGGCCGCCACCGCGUGGUGACGAUGCCCAUGGCCUUGCUGGCGGCGCUACGCCGUGACACCGCCUCCGCCGAAGGCUUGCUGCAGCUGCUGCAGCAUCUGAAUCAGGACCGAGAAGAGCCUGAGCCAGAUUGA